UCACACCGACGGCCACAUCAAAAUCUGGGGGUCUGGCGUGUGACCCUGUUAUUUCUAUCCAGCAAUAAAAUAGCUGUGUAAUCUAAGAUAAGCCUUGCGCCAUUAUAACAGUGAUAUAUUGUAAAUUUUAGUGUAAUUUAUGUGUAAAAUAUGGAACGUGCUACGGGAACAGAGGUGUACGGGUGUGGCUCGACCCAAACUACGGACAUAACGCUGAAUAUACAAACGACAACGGGUGGUAACUUUUCAAUCAGUCUGAACGGUAAAAAUACAGUGGAGCACCUUAAGAAAUUAGUUUCUAAAAAGCUUAAGGUAUCCAAAGAUCGGAUAUGUCUCCUGCAUCGCGAAAGACAAUUGAGGGAUGGCACUCUGGAGGAAAACGGUCUGCUGGACGGCUCACGCGUCAUUCUGCUGCCGAGCGUCGAAACGGGACUCCUGAGUCAAAGACCCGAAAAUUCUGUGAUGCAAGCAUUAGAGUCUCUCAAUGAUACACAAGUUAAUGAUUUUCUUAGUGGUAAAUCACCCUUAAAUUUGACAAUGAGGUUAGGGGACCACAUGAUGUUGAUACAACUGCAACUGUCUACCCUCAACUCUAGUUCUAGUGGAUCGCGAUCUCUGCGCACUUCUACCCCCACAAAGAGUUCCACAUCAUCAAUACGUACAAAAUGUGACAACAGGGAAUCACCCAGCCCUCAGAGCACACCACAGAAGCCCACAGAAAAUAAUAAGUCUAAUGAAGACACUGAUAAAAGCAAACAGGAACUUCAUAAUCACAUUCUACAGAAACAAGAUUUAGAAAUGCUACAAAAUGCUUUUGAUUUGUAUAGGUCCAUGGCAGAGGAAAAAUAUGCUGACAAAUCAGAAAGCUGUGAAGAGAAAGAUGAAUCAAUGGACACAACAAAUUGUACACUCUCAGAUUUGUCAGAUACAUCAGGUGAAAAUGAACAGUCUCCUAUAAAGUCUUUGUCAAAUUUGGUUUCUAGUCCUAUAGAUGUAUCUUCCUCUGAAAGCAGGGAAAGCAGUCUUGUGAAUACUGUAAAAAAUAAUUUGAUUGAUUUGUUGUCUCAGAAUAAAUUAAGCAACAAUGUGAUACCUUCAACAAGUGCCAUUGCUGAUAAACAAUGUCCAUCUACAUCGUCACACACACCUGAUAGUUCAUUUAGUGAUGACAGUGACAAUUUCACUGACCAAAGUUCAUUCCUAGCAGAAAGUACAAUAGAUGAAUACCCAAUGGAAAAUCUCUUUAAUAGUGCUGUAGAUAAAGGGUUAUUUGAAGACCAGGAUGAAUCUAUGAUGGACAGGGAAAUAUCAAAUUUGGCAACUACAAGCCAUGGUAUACAGGAACCUACAGGCACACUACCAUCCUUCCAGAGUAUAAAUGAGCCAUUAAAAAAUAAGCGCUUCCAAUAUUUACUUCAUAAGACAUCUAAAUUCAAACAUCCAAUAGGCCAAAAUAAACAAAAAGCAUUCAUGCAGUCUGUAGUAAAUAAACAUAAGAAAAGAAUGCAGAUCAGACAAGAUAGUAACUUGGUUCAACCGUCCACAUCAAGAACUGAGCCAUAUAUAACAAAUUCUCGGAAACUCAUAUUGCAACCCAGCAGCGGCCCUGUAGAAGAUAAUGCCAUUCCAUCAACAUCAAAAGAAGUACCUUUUAAAGCUCCUGAUGCUCCGAAAAAACCACAGAGAGCAUCACCCACUCCACCUGUUGAUACUAAGGCACUUAUAGAAGCUUCAAAGAAUUUAACUCAAAAAUUAAAGAAGCUAUCAAAAGAAGUGUUGACAAACAAAAUUGAUCUCCGAACCGCCGAGGAGUCUGUGCGCUCGAAAAUUGGCCCGGGAGCUGUGAUAGAGUCCAUGAAGCAUCAUGGAAAAGGAAUAUAUUCGGGUACAUUUUCGGGCACUUUGAAUCCAGCUCUGCAAGACAGAUAUGGCCGACCGAAACGGGAUAUUUCUACUAUCAUUCACAUACUGAAUGAUUUGCUGUGUGCUGCGCCGCCUAUUGCCUUAUCACAGAAAGAAAAACACUCCUGUACAACAAGCUUAUUAGACGAGGCCAACAAAUGUUUGGGAUGUAGUCAGCCGUCAUGCUUAUAUGGUCAGUGCGACGGCCACCUACCUUCCACAUCUAGCGCCGAAGGCAAGAACUGCACUUGCAAUUUAAAAGACUGCCACUGCAAUAGACUUAAACCGAAUGUUUGCCCGUCAUGUUCAAGCAAAUCGAGCUCUGGUGAAAUAUGCAAGAAAUGUGAUACCGCCAAAACUCUAGCCAUGGAGAAUUCAAAGACUAAAUGUAAACUGGAACAAUUAAGACUUGUUAUGCAGCAAAAGAAACAGCGGCGCGAAGCGAGAAAGUUGAAAACACUUCCAUACUCAAAUUCGCCUACUAAAUCGUUAGCGCCAGCGGAGCAAACGGCUCCGAUAUCUGAAGAAAUAGAAACAGUUGCUUAACACGCAAUAAUACUUUAAUUCCAUACUUCGAUUUCCAGACCGUGCAUUCUAACGAUAUGCCGCCAUUUUGUCAUGCUUUUAUAUGGAAAUUACUAUUUACAGACUAUUCACGUAAUAAAGCUGCAACAAUCUGUCAGCAUAGAGUUAAUGCACUUCAUUUGCAUAUAAGGCGUUUUCCGACUGGCGACAUUUGUGAUUUUAGGAUUCGAUAUUAACUACGCUAUGUCUUGAGUUGGGAACCGUCCAUGCGUAUCUAAAUUAGUAACACGAUUGUAUACUCUUUGCUGAACAUGAAUGUAUUGUGUCAAGUGUGUAUUUGAAAUAUGGACAAAGUAUUCGCUUUUAAAAUACGCUGAAUGCGAAUGUGUGCAUGUGGAAAAUUGUUUUGUAGUCCCCUGGAAAGAAAGGCUGAAUAUAUCUCUCAUAAAUAUUUUCUGUGAUGAUGACAUUACAUCGUUUCAAUCAUUCUUUUCCAUGAUAUUGUAAAGAUGUACAGUAGGUUUGGUUUAGAUACGUAUGUGUGAUGAAUUUGAAUGAUGAUGUAUGCACGUGGGGAUAGACCCCGAUUAUAUUCUAAAUUACCAUCUGACUAGGUUUGGAUUGUAGACAUAUUUGUAAGUGCUAUUAUACCUAUGUACAAAUAAAAAUUGAUAAAUAGCAAAAUCACUAGAGUAUAGUAUAGUAGUAACGAGUUAAGAUUCUCCCUUGUCUGGGCGCGGCUCCAAAUUGGUUUUUGUUGUUAU